ACUUUGAAGAAGGAGAUAUUGAAGCAGGACCUGGAAGAAGAGGACCUUGAGGAGCCUUCCUCUUGCUGAUGACCGGGUUCCUGUUUGAUCCUGUUUACAAGCUUUCGAAGAUUGAAAAUAACCCCAACUCCUCUGCAUUGGCAGUUGGAAGAGGAAGAAAAUAAAAAGGAGUUGAGAAUUUAAGCUGGGAGCCUUGGCAGAACUGGUGAGGCCAAACCUUGAGUCAUGUGUCCAGUUCUGGGUCCCUCAGGACAAGAAAGACAUCGAGGUGCUGGAGAAAGUCCAGAGACGGAAACAGCUUGGGAAGAGUCUGGAGCGCAGUGACUCAGUGUCAGAGCAGCAGGGCUGUCAGAGGAGCUGAGCUGGAGAUAUCUGUGCUGAACUAAACAUCCAUGGACCUGCCAGAGCAGCUGGAGCAGGAUGAUUCCUGCCCAUACCCUGAAGCCCAAAGAGUAGAUAUUCCUGCAGAGGCUAAACCUUGCCAGGGAGCUAUUUCAGAGGCAGCAAUUGUGUGAGCAGCCCCGUGGCAAGAGGACCAAGUGUGGUUUGUGACAGAAUUGAAUGGAGAUGAUCCCAAGCUGAAAGUCAAAACAGGAUCUUCUUUAAAGUUCACUGAGUGACCUGCAAUUUUACUCCAGCAUCUAACACAGGGCUGUUUGAUGGAGUUUGGAGCUGAGGAAACUUUGGGUUUGUUGCCAGGACGGUUCGCAGCACUUUGUGGAAAGCAAGAGCUAACAGUGAGACCGACAGAGAUGUCUUCCAAGCGACCAGCCUCUCCGUAUGGGGAAGCAGAUGGAGAGGUAGCCAUGGUGACAAGCAGACAGAAAGUGGGAGAAGAGGAGAGUGACGGGCUCCCAGCCUUUCACCUUCCCUUGCAUGUGAGUUUUCCCAACAAGCCUCACUCUGAGGAAUUUCAGCCAGUUUCUCUGCUGACGCAAGAGAACUGUGGCCAUAGGACUCCCACUUCUCAGCACAACACAAUGGAAGUUGAUGGCAAUAAAGUGAUGUCUUCAUUUGCCCCGCACAACUCAUCUACCUCACCCUUGAAGGCAGAAGAAGGUGGGCGUCAGAGUGGAGAGUCCUUGUCCAGCACAGCCCUGGGAACCCCGGAGAGGCGCAAGGGGAGCCUCGCGGAUGUCGUGGACACCCUGAAGCAGAGGAAGAUGGAAGAGCUCAUCAAAAACGAGCCAGAAGAAACUCCCAGUAUUGAAAAGCUACUAUCAAAGGACUGGAAAGACAAGCUUCUUGCCAUGGGAUCAGGGAACUUUGGAGAAAUAAAAGGGACUCCAGAAAGCCUCGCUGAGAAAGAAAGGCAGCUCAUGGGUAUGAUCAAUCAGCUGACCAGUUUGAGGGAACAGCUGCUAGCAGCUCACGAUGAACAGAAGAAGCUGGCUGCAUCUCAGAUCGAGAAACAACGCCAGCAAAUGGAGCUGGCCAAGCAGCAACAAGAACAGAUUGCAAGACAACAGCAGCAGCUCCUGCAGCAGCAACACAAAAUUAACCUUCUUCAGCAGCAGAUCCAGCAGGUCCAGGGUCAGCUGCCUCCAUUAAUGAUUCCCGUAUUCCCUCCAGACCAACGAACCCUAGCAGCAGCUGCACAGCAAGGAUUCCUUCUUCCUCCUGGUUUCAGCUACAAGGCGGGAUGCAGUGACCCCUACCCCGUUCAGCUGAUCCCAACUACCAUGGCAGCUGCUGCCGCAGCAACACCGGGCUUAGGCCCACUCCAACUGCAGCAGUUGUAUGCUGCCCAACUUGCUGCGAUGCAAGUGUCUCCGGGAGGCAAGAUUCCUGGCAUUCCCCAGGGGAACCUUGGUGCUGCCGUGUCCCCUACCAGCAUCCACACAGACAAGAGCACAAACAGCCCUCCACCCAAAAGCAAGGAUGAAGUGGCCCAGCCUCUGAACCUUUCAGCCAAACCCAAGACAUCUGAUGGCAAAUCUCCCACGUCACCCACCUCUCCUCACAUGCCAGCUCUGAGAAUAAACAGUGGGGCCAGCUCGCUAAAGUCCUCGGUGCCAGCAACAUUAGCGAGUCCUUCGGCCAGAGCCAACACAAUAGACAUCCUUUCUUCUAUCACGUCGUCAGGUUAUUUAAAUGACCACGAUGCUGUUACCAAGGCAAUCCAGGAGGCCCGACAGAUGAAGGAGCAGCUACGGAGGGAGCAGCAGGUGCUGGAUGGGAAGGUGGCCGUGGUGAACAGCCUGGGUCUCAAUAACUGCAGGACAGAAAAAGACAAAACAACACUGGAGACCCUGACUCAGCAGCUGGCAGUAAAACAGGGUGAAGACGGGAAGUUCAGCCACGCAAUGAUGGAUUUCAACAUGAGUGGAGAUUCUGACGGAAGUGCAGGAGUUUCAGAGUCUCGGAUUUACCGGGAAUCCCGAGGGCGUGGUAGCAACGAGCCGCACAUCAAGCGCCCAAUGAACGCGUUCAUGGUGUGGGCUAAGGACGAACGGAGAAAGAUCCUCCAGGCCUUCCCUGACAUGCACAACUCCAACAUCAGCAAGAUACUAGGAUCUCGCUGGAAAGCUAUGACAAACCUAGAGAAGCAGCCAUACUAUGAGGAGCAGGCCCGGCUCAGCAAACAGCACCUGGAGAAGUACCCAGACUACAAGUACAAGCCCAGGCCGAAGCGUACCUGCCUCGUGGACGGCAAGAAGCUGCGCAUCGGCGAGUACAAGGCCAUCAUGCGCAACAGACGCCAGGAGAUGAGGCAGUACUUCAAUGUUGGGCAACAAGCACAGCUCCCCAUCGCCACGGCGGGCGUCGUGUACCCGGGAGCCAUCGCCAUGGCGGGAAUGCCGUCCCCACACCUGCCCUCGGAGCACUCGAGCGUGUCCAGCAGCCCGGAGCCCGGCAUGCCCGUCAUCCAGAGCACUUACGGCAUCAAGGGCGAGGAGCCCCACAUCAAGGAGGAGAUGCAGCCCGACGACGUCAACGGGGAGAUCUACGAUGAGUACGACGAGGAGGAGGACGACCCCGAUGCAGACUAUGGCAGUGACAGUGAAAACCACAUUGCGGGGCAGGCCAACUGAUCGGGGUCCCCGCGUCUCGUGACCUGCAGGACUUCGAGGAGAAAAGAAAAAAAAAAAUAAAUAAAAAAUAAAAAAUAAAAUAAAAUAAAUAAAGCCCCAUCUGGUUUAUCCUUGCCAGUGGCCAAGCACAUUAACUUUCUCAUACACUGACUGUUACUUUAACUGUUAGUCUUAACUAGUUGGGACAUCAGCUGACUAAUAGACAUCAGCCUGCGUCAGAAGAAAAAAGGCUCAGAAGGAAGGAAACAAAGACAACGACAACAACAACAGGAUGAUAUAAGCUAUGGGUAAAAUAAUGCCAGUAAUUCAGCUGCUAUACCCAAGCACUGAAGUCUUACCCGUCGACCUUUUAUUAUUAUUAUUUUUUUUUCAAAUAAACUUUAUGGCUGUUUGUUCUACAAUGUUCUAGAAAUUCUCACUCAGGUACACAGUGCCAACAAGUGGCUUGUGAAUGUGUUUUGUUGUUUUGUGCUACAGUUUAAAGAGAAAUAAUUUUUUUUUCUUUUUUUUCUUUUUUUUUUUUGGUAAUGCACCUGACAGGAAAAAAAAAAAAGAUAAAAUUCCUUUUAACACCCCCUCUGUCUCCUCCUGUUCCUCCUCUUCUUCUUCCUCUUCCUCCUCCUUCUCCUCCUCCUCCCUGUCAAAUCUGGGUCAGAAGUGUGCGUGUGUGCGUGCCUGUGCGCGUGGCUGGCAAGGAAGGAAGUGGGGAGUCUUUCUGUUAACCCCAACAAGCAUUUCCUUUCAAGAGAGGACUACCCUUCAUCAGUUGCACACCAUACUGAGUCUUUGAGCAAGUGCCAAAUUUGUACUAAAGCGCUGAACUAGUCCAAUUUCCUUUUUUUUUUUUUUUUUAGGUUGGUCUCUUCUUGUUUUGUUUUUCUUUGGCUUUUCAUUUGCUUCUUGCUCUGUCUUAACUUAGGACAGUGUUAUAUCUUAGACAAUCCCUUGAAGAACCUGAAAUACCAGCAGCUGGUGAGAUUAGACAUAUAUUUUUGGUUUUGCUUUUGCUUUUUAAAGGAAACUGUAGGUGCUGUUCUCAGGUGAAAAAAAAGAGAGAGAGAGAGAGAGAGAUAAGAAAUUUAGAGAAAAAAUAUUUUAUGGUCUUGGAUUUUCAUGUGUGCAUGUUUAUGGUACUAAUAAGAAUAAUCUUGGACUAUCGUGAGCGAAAAGCAAAUGUUCCAGAAUGAAGUCCUGCACCCUCCAAAUGACUUGGUCUCUGAGAAACCUUUAGUUUUAGUUCACACUUCAAGUGGUAGCAUAAACAACAUAAGAAAGGCUUGUCCAAAAUGUGGUUUGCUCUGCAUGGGACACAGCAACUGGAAAUGUUACCUCCUCGCUGAGCAUAAUUAAGUUACCACCAACGGGGUCCAGUUCUGAUGAAUUCGUACCUUCAGGGUGGUUGAGUACUGAUUUCUGAUUCAAAAGGCAAUUUUUUUUUUUUUUUAACUGACUUUUUUUUCUCCUCUGCACUGGCAGAAAUCCUUUUAUCAGUGAGAUGUUUGUGUAGGAAGGAGGGGUAAUAGCUGUGAAGAGAUUUCCGUAUUCAAAGUGGGGUUGUAAGAACUCAAAACGUUGCAGUGCUGAAUUCCCCUCGCUGCUGCCUCUCACAACUGAAAAAAAAUAUUCUCCUGUGCUAAAAUAUUUUCAGUGUUGUUGUAGAGCACUUAAAUUGCUUGGGCAGCUUUGUCUUCUUUGGGCAACCACAAUGAGAUGAGGAAGCUGUGUGCCCUGGAAAGGAAGGUCUUGGGAUCAUGCUGAAGCAAAAACCUUCCUCUGAAUUGUUGUUUUUUUUUUUAGCUGAGGAUGCUAACUUUAUGUUGCUUCCUAGAAAAUUCCUACUCCCAGAGGGAGAUGCAUUGCUGUUGUUACCACCUCUAACAUCUAAAAUUAGCCCCAUGCAUCUUAGUGGCCGUGAGAUCCCAGCCCAAGCACUCGCCAGAACCCUGGUCACCGCUAUUUGGCAACACUGAUUUUGCAAACAGUCCCUUAAUCGGGCAAAUUCAGCCCUUGAUGCCAGAUGCAGGAUGAGCAGGACAGGUAGGAAAGGGGAAAUGCCUUUCUUUGCCUCUUGAAAUCCCACUUGAAGUGUAACUUGACCUCUGCAGACCUUGCGCAAAGCAAAAAGCAAAUGCCAUUGAAGACUUAGGACAAUACUCCAAUGAGCGGUUUGGACAUGUGAUAGUUUUACCCUGCUACAUCUCUUUUCUUUGUCUUCUGUUUUCCCUGUUUAGAUUUCCACCUCUGCUUUGAAAAAUUCUUUCCUAUUUUCUCUCUCUCAGAAGAUUUGCUCUGAAAUUAUGCUUGGAGUAGCUGAUCAUACCCUCUGUGUCAGAGAGGGUUCUUUUUCGUUUGUAUUUUAUGACUGUGUUGGGGUUUGGUUUUUGGUUUGUUUUUUUUUUCAGUUGAACUGCCUCUUCUUGCUAGUGUUGAAUGGUAAUUAUAAUAAUAAUAAUAAUGGUCAGCUGUUCCCAGAUUAGUAAAUUAUGUAUAAUUUAUUUACACCCCCCCUUUUUUAACUUUAUUUUAUUCUGUUCUAAUU